AUGGACAAACUCAUUUUACCUGAUAAUCAACCUCUUGACAAUGUACAAACGGAGGCAGAAGAUUUACCUGUUAUUUCACAACGAAUCCACGAUAUAAUAGAAGUGCUUAAUAACUUUAAGGAGCAAGGGGAUCAUGAAAGAGGAAGAUUUGCUUAUGUCGAACAACUUAUUAAAGACAUGGCAACUUAUUAUGGAUAUUCGGAGUUUCUUUUAGAAAAACUUUUUAAUAUAUUUUCUACAUCCGAGGCUUUGGAAUUUUUUGAAGCAAACGAAGUUUCAAGACCAAUUACAAUUCGAACGAAUACAUUGCGAACGCGUCGUAGAGAAUUGGCUCAAUCCCUAAUAAAUCGUGGCGUGAGUUUGGAACCAAUUGGAAAAUGGUCAAAGGUCGGAUUAACAAUAUUUGAUUCAACAGUUUCAAUAGGAGCUACACCCGAAUAUCUUGCCGGUCAUUACAUUUUACAGUCUGCUUCAUCUUUUUUACCCGUUAUGGCAUUAGCACCUCAAGAAAAUGAAAAGAUCUUAGACAUGGCAUCCGCGCCCGGCGGAAAAUCAACACAUAUUGCAGCAUUAAUGAAAAAUACUGGUAUAAUAUUUGCUAACGAUUCUAAUAAAGUAAGAACUAAAGGUCUUGUAUCCAACAUACAUCGAUUAGGUGUUAAAAACACGGUAAUUUGUAAUUAUGAUGGUCGUGAAUUUCCUACUGUGUUGGGGGGUUUUGAUAGAGUUCUUUUGGAUGCUCCUUGUAGUGGAACUGGCGUCAUAUCAAAGGAUCCCUCGAUCAAAAUAAAUAAGACGGAAAAGGAUUUUAUUAUAUUACCUCAUUUACAGAAAGAACUACUUUUAUCAGCCAUUGACUCUGUAGAUUCCAAAUCAUCUACUGGAGGAUAUAUUGUCUACUCCACUUGUUCAAUAACUGUUGAAGAAAAUGAAGCUGUUGUAAAUUAUGCUUUAAAGAAACGUCCCAAUGUAAAAUUAGUGUCAACAGGAUUGGAUUUUGGAAAGGAAGGAUUUACAAAGCAAUAUCUUUCAUCCUUCCCUGAGUCUAACUAG